AUGGAUCAGUCUUCACAACUCAAAAAUCGAGAGUCUGCUGAAAUUGGAACUGUUCUGGAGUUACCGUAUCCGCUGGCCAGAGACGGAGACCAGGGAGCAUUCUCUCGCUUGCUUUAUGCGCUGGUUGGCGAUGAUGGAAACUUCAAAAUUAACAGAAGCUCAUCCGAGAUCUCAUUAACAUCAAAAUUGGACUACGAAACUCAGCGAUCCCAUUCCUUGACGGUUCGCUGUAUAGACAACGCCGGAGAGAGAGCCGUUCACGAAGUUUUUGCGUCGGUAACCGUACUUGUUCGGGAUGUAAACGAUAAUCCACCUGUAGUUCACAACUCUGAUCUCAGUCGUCUCAGCGUAUCCGAAAACACCCCUGUCGGCACCACAAUUACGGUGCUGAGUGUCAGCGAUGCUGAUGAAGGUGGGAAGCAGUCGGUCCACCUGGACGCGAAUCACACCAUCUUCCGCAUCAACGAUGAGCACAAUUUGGUUGUAGCUGAGAAGUUAGAUCAAUAUGCUGGAGAAAGGGUAGGUUCUCUGACUGAUGUUUGA